GCAUCGUGGUGCUCUCGCUUGCCUGCCGAUGUCAGACACGAGCCCGCAGUGAAAGCCGACUCCGGUUAAACUGACCUGACUUUGCCUCUGAGACACAAACACGCCUUCACUGACCACCGCGAGCCGCAAUAACGUGCACUUUGUUACUUCGUUAGCCCGAUAGCCCCGUUUCAGUUUAGCGCACCGUUACACUCUUUUGGUCGCGAUCCCCAAUUCCCCUUGAGCGGCUGGGAGCUCGCAAUGCAUGCCGGUACCUGUAGUGCUCACCCCUCCCCGCUUGUCUAGCGCGUAACCCUGGGCGUGGAUACGCGAGCACUACAUCUCCCAUGCUGUUGCCGUGCGCACCCUUCUGCCCCUCUCUCCUCUCGCUCACUCUCCCACCAGACUGGAGAUACGGAACGGACUGUCUUGGCGACCUCCCCCCCCUCUCCUCCUCCUCCUCAUACCCUCCCCUCCUCCUCCUCCCUCUCUCCCGCCCCCCCUCUGGACUUUUAGAACCGAAAACCGUCGAGAUCAGUGAAGAGCCUACGGACGGCGGAGAGGCGAUAGGCUCAGACGCGGCCGCACCGGAGUCGCGCCUGUGCGUCGUUCACAUGCCAUCUGGACGAACGGGUUCCAUAUCAUUGACACUGAAUUUCAAGGAAACCUCUCACCUGACUGACUCAGCUACUCCCUAAGGCAUGCUGUGUUAAAGAAACACCUAUGCAGGUGGAUCCUACACUGAUGAAUGUAGAGGAUGGAGGCACGGUGAGCAGAGAGAUCAGUGCUCCAACCAAAGCGUCCACUACUAUGGUGGGGAAUCCGCCCCAGACGCUACCCCCGGAGUUUAGAGGAGAUGUUUCCCUCAGUCAGCAAAACAAGACCACUCCCACGACGGACUGUAAGACGGCCAAAGCCUGCCUGGAAACGAACAGUUUCAACCACAGCCCUGAGCUUUCUUCACCUCACCAGCCCAAUAAUGUACCAAUGUCAGGCUCAGCCCUCAGCAGCGCAGAGAAGAGAGCAGACAAAAGGGCAGAGGCCACUAAACUCAAGUCUGAUGGUGUCUGUGUCUUCCCCACACCGCAGUGGUCAAGUGGUGUAAAAGUCAGCCGGGAGGACUCACUUAACCCCUGUCACAGCAGUUUGACAUCCAGUAAGAAAUCACACCUGCAAACACAGCCGGUGCAGAGUGUACCUCCUGGGUUUCAGUGCUCCGCCAUGUUUAAACCAGCCCAGCCCGUUGCCUUCCUUCCCCCCACUAACUUUUCCUCCCCACUUUGUAAAAUCACUCUACCACCAGCAUUGGGUCAGAUUGCAGCGUUGAGAGAGGCCACGGCCAAUCAGUUUCAGACGGAAAUUCAGCCUCAGAGUUCGGGUCUCAUACGGACCUUUUCCUAUCCGUUCUCGGUGGGCCGGAGUCCGGCUGCUGAGAAAAAAGCCGGCACGUCCGCCUCAAAGCUUAAAUCUAACCAUUCGUCGAGCAAGAACGGCAAAACUAUAGGAGAGCAUAAGUCGUUAGCCUCAGUGGUAGCGUCGCCGGCUAUUGCCUUGCCGUUGCAACAUCCAUCGUUAACCUCUACAGCACCCACCCACUACACGAUUUCCCCCACCGCUGCCAUUUGCUGUGGCUCUGCACUGUCCAGCAUCACCUCACAAAGCAGACUGCUGAACCAUGUGGACAAAGUCAACAGCAUAGACAAGGCAGCCAUUGGCUCCCUCAAAACCUCACUCCCCGCUGCUUCAGAGGAGCUCACAGCUCCUCCCAUCGAACCGAGAGACGUACCCCUCGAUUUGUCUGCUAAAUCGAAACGUCCAAAAUGCACGGCUGACCCUCCUCCCGUUGCUCUGACGGACCCUCUCAACGCUGAGUCAAAUCAGAGAGAGUUUCUGAACUCAAAAAGGACUCCUGCAACGUAUAGCUCUGUGGUGCAAUACCCCAUCUUACCCAAUACCCACAGAAACGGGUCUCAUCAAAAGCAAACACAGAAUCACCAGGUCCCAGAGUCCAAACCAACCUGGGGAAAGGCAUCUUCACAAGACUCUUUAAAGAACAUCCCCGGGACAUAUGUAGGUGUUGCGAGUCCCAUACUGGCGUCUACUCUGCGGGGCAAAGAUGGAACAGGGACGUUUGCGGAUGAAUUUCAGAGUUUUGCAAAGCAGGAGUUUAUAUCCAUCAUUGACCAAGGAGAGCAUCUGGCCUCGGGGGGAAAGAAGCCAUCCUGUCUGAUGAAGGGCAACCAGCAUGCUCACAGUGUCAAGCACGUUAAAAACACCAGCACAUCCAUAAUUAAGAACUGUCCGUCUAAAGGAGCGCUAUCAGCCGCCCUGUCGAGCUCUGCUAACGCUCAGAUUCACCCCAAGUCAGGACCAGGCAAAACAGCAGUGCCAUUCUCCGCCAGUGUUGUCAGUCCUGCUUGGCAACAGCAGUCUCAUCUUCCUCACCAAGCCGCCUCUGUUCAGAGGAAAGUCACGCAUGGAUCCCCCAAGAACAAGGGGACCUCAGUUCCAGAAGGAUCCAAGUUUCAGGGUACUCAUCACAGCCCGUCCCAUCUUGAGGAUGAUAAGUGGGAGAGAAUGAAGUCUCCCUUGUCUAAACUUACAUCUGUUGCAAAGCAACAAGCUCUGGAAACAACUGCACUGACCACGGAGGGCAAUGGUCCGGCACCGCCGCCUGUUGCAUCUAGAAAAGCUGAUGUAUUGAACACUGGGAGCCAUGAAACACAAUCUAAACAUUCUGCUUUUGAAUACCCGCCAUACUGGUCUGUGGAUAAAUGGCGUGGUGUGGCAUCUCAAGGGGAUUUUACUUCGAAGCGGCACGAGAAAGCGCACACCACCGAGCCUUUGGAGAAUAAUACUGAGUUACACACCAGUCAGGGGGAACACCCGGGACUACAAAUAAAGCAGGGCUCUUCAAAGCCGGCGAGCCAGUCUCAUCUGUUUGGGAGCAAUGCAUCAAUAAAUGAGAAAAGGAUGGAAAGCAAACUAGCCCAGGUGUUGGAGGGGGAGAUAUUGAAGAAAGAAAGUGGGGCGUUAGACAGUCCUCCCAGUGAAAAAUUAGAGGGCAUGGUUGCCUCUAUUCUUAAAGGCCAGUGUGGAGCAGGGGGCGACAAGUUCAAGAAAACAACGAAUGGAACCAAAGAGGAGUCGCCAGCCAAAGCAAAAGCUGCUCCCAUCAAACAAAAGAAAAGCAGUCCUAAGACGCCAGCAAAGGAAAAGUCACCUACGGACCUGACAAAGAAGCUGGCCGGAAAGAAAAAGCAGGACGCGGAAAACACACCAACCAAAGUAUCCUGUAUAAAGAAACAGAAGAAGAAAUGUGCACCUGUGCCGGAGCAGAAUCUACCUGCGAGAAAACUUUACCCUCAGAGUAAAGAGCCAGCUCUGAAGGACAAGAUCAGUCCCAACAAGGUUGAGCAACCGACCCAGAAGAAACCAGUUACAGGAAACAGCAGCAGUCCUGCGAGUGUAGACACCCCAGGCUCGCUCAGCAACUCCACCGCAUCCAGUAAUGACACGGAGAGCUCCUUCCCAAGGCUGAGGAGAGGACGGCGGCGAGUCGAUGAGGCUCGACUUGACCUCUGGGGCUUCGCAACACCUUCCCCUCCACCCCCACCGAUGCCGCCUCCUCCUCCUCCACCACCUCCGCCUCCUUCAACUUCCCCGUCACCCCCUCUCGUUCCCAAGCCACCUGCCCGCCGUCCAAGAGGGAGGCCUCGUUCAACACCGCUGCCAGAGCGGGAACAUCAGGGCAAGAGCAAGGCGAGCAGCGCGGAAGGAGACACACCCGCGCAUAAGAAGCGCCGGCGAUGUCGGAGCAAAAAGUAUCAGACCGGGGACUACAUCACUGAGAGGGAAAGGCUUGAAGAUGGAGUGCACGUCGCAGGAUCUGACUCCCUGAGACAAGACGCUGGAAGUCCAACAGGUCCGCAGAGGGAGCCGUGUCCGAGUCCCGUUACGUCCAGCCCGGAGCCUCCUCCGCUGAGACCCUCGCUCACUCGCUCAGGGUCCGUCCGCUACCAGGAAAGUGAGCCCGAGUGCAGCGAUAAACCCUCAGGGAAGAGGAAGUUCAAGAGCAAGCACCUGUGCGACAGUGAGGAGCAGAAGACAAAGACCAAACGCAGCAGCUUGGGUAAGCGCGGUGCCUCACUGGCCCUGGACGACAGUGCUGAUGUAAAAAGAACAGCGAGCCCUCCACCGGCUCCAAAAAGCUUGCCGUCCUCCCCCUCCAAGAGAGGCUCAUCAGGUAGAAGCAGCGGUUCGGAGUCGCCGCCUAAAAGACCCGUUCCUCCAGAGGUCCGCCGGCUCAUCGUCAAUAAAAACGCCGGGGAGACGCUGCUGCAGCGCGCCGCCCGUUUGGGCUAUCAGGACGUAGUCCAGUACUGUCUCGAGAAGGACAUCAGGGAGGUCAACCGACGCGACAACGCCGGUUACACGGCCCUGCACGAGGCCUCCUCCAGGGGCUGGACUCAGAUUGUCCAGAUACUGCUGAAACACGGAGCCGAUGUCAACUGCAGCGCUCAGGACGGGACACGACCCCUCCAUGAUGCAGUAGCGAGCGACAAUCUACCGAUCGUCUGGUUGCUUCUGAACCACGGUGCUGACCCCACUCUGGCGACCUACUCUGGACACACGCCGAUCAAACUGGCACAAAGCCUGAGCAUGAAGACCUUCCUCACAGAAUAUUUCACCGACCUGGAAGGCCGAAUUGAGCAGGACUCCACUCUACCCUGGGAUUUCUACGGCAGCUCCCUGUUUGAGACGGAGCAGGAGCCAUGCUGGGAUUUCCUCCUGUCUGAGCAGAACCAGGAGCUGGAGGAGAACCCGUCAGUGAAGAGUGAACACGACGACUCGGACAGAGACUGUCUCACAUUUGAGUUUUCCUCCGAGCCUUUCCUGCCCUGCUUUCACGUCCAGGUGUCACUGACACAGGGCUUCUGCAACUGGUUUCUUCUCACAGACGUCCUGAAGCGUCUGAAGAUGUCGUCACGGAUCUUCCGGGCGCGCUACCCGCACUUGGAGGUGGUGAGUCUGCCACGCGCCGAGCUCUGGAGGCAGGUGUCGAUCAGCCAGGUGAGCUCCGCUUUAGCUUCACCCUACAAAGGCAAAAACAAGGAGGAGGAAGAUGUGGAGAGGAAGGAGAGGGCGGAGAAGGAAGAAGAGGAAGAGGAGGAGGAGGAGGGACUUAUGGAUCUGGUUCGCUGUGUACCAGAACUCCAGAGACUUCUGGGCUCGUCCAUUCACGUCCUACAAGACGACGAUGAGGAUGAGCAGCAGCAGGAGGUGGAGGAGGGAAAGACGUUGAAAAAGACGGGGAAGCCUCGCGGCCGAUAGCCUCUCUCUUGCAAAACACUCACUCCAAGUUCAAGUGUCUCGAUUGUCCCCCACGUUUUUUCAGCUCAAGGGAAAAACCGUCUCCGUCCAGUGAAGCGAGGCUCGGCGGGAUUCAAUUUCAGUGACAACAAUGACUCGACACUCCGCCAAUAUAACUUUUGACCUCAGACAGAACGUGAUUUACAGGAUCACGCGGACCUCCUCAGUGCAGGAAUAGCAGCUUUCAGGUUCCUAUAUAAAGGUAUAUUUGAAUAUAAGAAAACUAUUGAGCAAACCUUUUUUUAUGGCUUAGGUAUGUACAUGGUAGUGUAUAUGUAUAUCUUGCCAUCAGGGGUACCACAUUUGGUUAUAUAUAUAUAUAUGGAUUCUUGUGGCAAGGAAAAAGGAUUAUGUUUUUGGUUUUUUUUUACUUUGUUCCUGAGGGAAAGUGUUUUUUUUGUUUCUUUGUUUUUUUUUGUUUGGAGAUAAUCCAAGACUUUUAUCUUGGUGGACUCUUGCGCGAAGACCGUCGGCUCAGAUUUUGGUUUCUCUGUGGACCUGUGAUGAAACGUGGAGACCAUGGCACAUAACAUCAUCAUCUUUUAUUUCCUUUCACACGUCACUUCAAUGGCUAGUUUGACUGAACAGUUUAGGGUUGUUUUCCUUAUUUCACAAAGAAAAGCCUGCGAGAAAAUCAUGUUUUUCAUGCAUUAGUUUUACAUUAGUCGUCGUGUUUUUUUCUUUCCUCCUGAACUGAUACAGAAUCCUGUGGAUCUCUCUCAGAGGAAAAACGUCGGCCCUCCAAACUGCAGCCACGACUGUCUCCUGCGUCCCCGCUGUGGUGUUUCCAGAUCCUUUUUUUUUGAGUGCUUUUGUGUUGCAGUGUUUUACUUACACUGUUUUGUUGUUGCCUAAUUUAAUAGUCAUUAAUAUAUUUGACCUCUUGUGUAUCGGGACAAGCCUCUAUCUAUGGAAAAAAAAAACAUUGCUUUGUAUGUUUGGUGCUUCAUUUUUGAAAAUGUACUUAUUAGGAUCCCUUUAUUCUGAGAUUUUCCUCCUCUUUCAAGAAAAACAAACAAAAAAAAAAGCAGUAUUUCAGAACAGCUAAAGUACAGUUUUAUUGUACUGGUGCUACUGUACAAUAGAUUUUUGUGUUGACAAUCAAUGAAGUUUUGGUUUUGAAGUCACAAACUAAUAAAAAAAAAGAUAUUUAAGAUGAAGAGACUUGAAGGUGUAAAGAAAAAGUAUAGUUUAGUUAAAGGGGUUACCGUGAGACGAGAACAGGCUGAGGAGCGUGUGAGAUCUUGAACGAGCCUUUUAUUUGAUUCUUUUAUAAGAAAUCGACAAGAAUAAAGCAUGAUUGUGAAUCAUA